AUCCUGAAUCAUUGCUAGGAGCGGAUUGACACAGAGAGUUUAAUACUGAGACUAACAGUGACACAGCGAGACUAACACUAAUACCGGAUCAGUACUGAUACUGGAUCAAUAUUAAUGCCGGAUUUGAGGCAGAAGGUGGACUGAGCUGCAGGUGUGGGCACUGAAGGACAGGAGUGACCGUUAGAUCAGAUUCAGAUCUCUGAGCUGCAGAAUGAAGCUCAACAAACACAAACCAGCCCAACACACAGAGAUGGAGUUCGGAGGAACUCUGGGUGCGGCGUGUAUACCUGUGUUCCUCCCCCUGACGGUUCUGUACCUGCUGAGUGUGUGCCGGACUCCAGGUGGCGCUCUGCUGCAGUGGCCCCCCCCUCUGCCCCACUCCACUUUUCUGUGGGACCCGGUUGCCGUCGCCAUUAUCGUCGGCUGGAUUGGCCUGCAGAGUGCCCUCUACCUGCUGCCCGUGGGAAAGGAGUCCGAGGGGCUGGUUCUGAGAGACGGAUCCAAACUGAAAUAUCCGAUCAACGGGUUCCAUGCGCUCUGCGUGACGGCGGUUCUGCUGGCCGUGUGUGUGUGUUUGGGGAUGCCGCUCGGUUACCUGUUUGAUCUGGUGCUGCCGUUAGCGGUGUGCGCGGUCGGCGUGUCGUACCUGUUGGCGCUGUACCUGUACAUCCGCUCCUUCUGGGCACCUGCAAACCAGCUCGCACUUGGAGGGAACACAGGAAAUCCUCUGUAUGAUUUCUUCAUCGGUCGAGAGUUGAACCCUCGAAUCGGCUCGUUUGAUCUGAAGUUCUUCUGUGAGCUGAGACCGGGCUUAAUCGGCUGGGUGGUGCUGAAUGCGGCGAUGCUGAUGAAGGAGGUGGAGCUCAGAGGAUCUCCGUCUCUGGCCAUGCUGAUGAUCAACAGCUUCCAGCUGCUGUACGUGACGGACGCUCUGUGGAACGAGGAGGCCGUGUUGACCACCAUGGACAUUGUGCACGAUGGGUUCGGGUUCAUGUUGGCGUUUGGAGAUUUAGCGUGGGUGCCCUUCACGUAUGGACUGCAGGCCAUGUUCCUGGUCAUCCAUCCGCAGACUCUCAGUCCGCUCAGCGCGCUCGGAAUCAUACUGCUGAACGGAGUCGGAUAUUAUAUCUUCCGUAAGUCUAAUUCUCAGAAGAACCAGUUCAGGAGAGACCCGACUCACAAAAGCGUCGCGCAUUUGGAGACUAUCGCCACGGCAACAGGAAAGCGCCUGUUAGUGUCCGGCUGGUGGGGCUUCGUCAGACACCCGAAUUACCUAGGGGACAUCCUGAUGGCGCUGGCCUGGUCUCUGCCCUGCGGUGUUUCUCACAUUCUGCCGUAUUUCUACGUCAUUUAUUUCUCCGUCCUGCUGGUCCAUCGGGAGGCGCGAGACGAGCGGCAGUGCAGAGCCAAAUACGGCCUGGCCUGGGACACCUACUGCAGACGGGUUCCCUACAGGAUCAUCCCCUACAUCUACUGACCACACCUGGACCAUACCCUACAUCUACUGACCACACCUGGACCAUUCCCUACAUCUACUUACCAUAACUGGACCAUUUCCUACAUCUACUGACCACAACUGGACCAUUCCCUACAUGUACUGACCACAACUGGACCAUCUCCUACAGCUACAGACCACAACUGGACCAUCACCAACAGCUACUGACCACACCUGGACCAUUCCCUACAUCUACUGACCACACCUGGACCAUUCCCUACAUCUACUGACCACACUUAGACCAUCACUUACAGCUACUGACCACAACAGGAUCAUCACCUACAUCUACUAACCAUAACUGGACCAUCACCUACAGCUACUGACCACAAUCUGGACAGUCCAGUCCACAUUACUGAUGUGAAUGUAGACUAAGCCCUGCCUGGUUUAGAUGUCCGUUUUGAAGGGUUCCUCACUGUGGACACCAAACCAGCUUUAAAGAACAAUGCAAGAACUUAGAUGUUCCAUAAAGAAGUUUCCUAUAAAUCAGAUCAGAUAUGAUUUACUGUGCUGUGUAGUUUCUACUGUACACUGAGUGUCGAGUUCUGUAGCAUCUAAAUCCACAGAAACCUCAUCUUCUGUGCUUUCAACUGUCGCCUCCUGCAGCUGCUGCUCAUCUCAGAGUUCUCCUGCUCAGGAGUUCCUUACUGAGCUAAUCAGUGUGGUCAGCUGUGAACAUUUAAUCAGCGGUCACCAACAUCUACUGGCCACCACAGUCCAUCACACCUGCUUCUUCAGAAGUGGCUGAUUUGCUGGAUCAGUUUCUCCUUAAGGAGCACCAGCAUGUUAGACACAGGUUGGAGUCAAACUCUACAGGUGUCCAGGAGGAAGGCUGCUGACCACUGCACUGAAAUAUGCAGGACAGAGGAACUCCAGGACCAGAGCUGGGAAACACCGGUUUAGCACGCGGCCCAUUCCAGUGGGAUCUAGUCCGGGGGGCCGGAUUCAUUAAAGUGUUUUAAGAAGAAAAUUGUGAAGGUUCUAAAGACAAACACUAAGAAGUUCAUAUGGUUGGACCUCGUUCUCCAACCGUUCUUACGAAGAAAUUUCUUCUCAUAACCAACUUACGCAGUUUAGACGAAGACUCUGAGAUUCACCAGUGUUCUCUUAUUUGAGCCUCGUUCUCCAGUCCAUCUUCCUAAGUCUGUUCUUAAGUGUGUUCUUGAUAAAGAUCCUAAGUAAAAGUCUCUGUCAGAUUCUUGACGUGUUCUUAAAGUGCAAAACUGUUCUCACCUUUGUGCUCUUGAGUGUGUGUAGAUUCUGUUCUUACCUAAGAACAAACCCCACAUAAGAAACACUGGUGAGUCAGAGUCUUAGUGAAAACUGCGUCAGUGGGUUUGAGGAGGAAUUUCUCCUCAAGAACGGUUGGAGAACGAGGCCCAGUGUGUUCACUGUUUUCUGAUGUGGGCUGUGCUGCAUUUUACUGUGUGCCAUAAAUGAUGUGAGACAGUUUGAAUGUA